AUGGACCCAAGGAGGACGACCCAGCUGGAGGUGAAAGGCGCAGCCCAACCCCCAAGGGAGAAGCAGGGGAAGGGAGCCGAGCUGGAGCUGAGGCGGCGCUGUGCGGAGGCGAGCGAGGGAGACCCCUGGUUGGUAAACAACAAGGACUCCCUGAAGAAACAAGGGACCUGCUGGGAGCGCAAGGGGAGGCUCUACGUUCCAGAAGCUUGCCGGGUGGAUGUGCUCCGGAGAGGGCACACCGAGGACACUACGGGACAUUGUGGGUUUAUUCUUAACACUUGUCCCAUUUAUUCCAGGUAUCAGUUCUGUAUGACUAUACUAGUCUACAUCUUGCCACUCAUAGUGAUAGGCUAUGCCUAUAUUAUGGUGGGCAUCACCUUGUGGGCUAGUGGGAUACCAGGGGACUCUUCGGACCGCUAUCAUGAACAAGUAUCUGCCAAGCGCAAGGUUGUCAAGAUGAUGAUAAUCGUGGUUUGCACCUUUGCCAUUUGCUGGCUGCCUUACCAUGUCUACUUCCUUCUACAACUUUUUAAAGUUGAAGCGUACUCAGAAAAGUACAUCCAGCAGGUCUACUUGGCUAUCAUGUGGUUGGCCAUGAGCUCCACUAUGUACAACCCAAUUAUUUAUUGUUGUCUCAAUGACAGGUUCCGGCUCGGCUUCAAGCGCGCUUUCCGCUGGUGCCCGCUUGUCCAUGCCAGCGAAUACGAAGGACUGGAAAUGAAGUCGGCCAGGUACCUCCAGACCCAGAACAGCAUGUACAAGGCCAGCCGGAUGGAGACGACGGUCUCGUCCGUCAUUGGCAACCCAGAGGAGGAACUUGAUGACAGCAGCAAAUCCAGGCGCCUCUCCGUCGAUCUGACCUCCAACGGCUCCUCCCGCAGUGACACUAAAACUGUCUCAGAGAGCCUGAGUUUCUACUCCAAUACGCUUUCCUGAGCAGACUCGAGACGUGGCCACACUUGUGAUGCCAUUUUCAUUUCUCUCAUGGUGCCCCCUCCCCCAGCAAACAGGCCAUUCCUGGGACUGUGCAUGAAGCUUUCCUUCUUAUUCCAUGUGGUUUGUCAGAUGUUGCUGUUCUCCAUUCAUAAGAGGAUUCCUAGUUAUGAUCCUGGGCUGGACAGAAAGAUCGGUCCAUUCAUCCCAUCUGGCCUUUCCUCCUCCACGUGCCCAGGAUCUUUAGGCAGGAGUCAUUUGGUCGUCUCCCCUCUUUCGAGUUGCCAUUGCGGAAGGAGGGAUGAGACUGAAACUUUUUUUUUUUUUUUAAUUUGAGGGGUGCAAAUGAAAUGUUUACAAAGUUGGAGUUUCAAACAUUAAUUCUUUUUGGAAACUUGAACUCAGUUCAAAAUCCACAUUAACCAUUUCUUAUACAAAUCAGAAGAUUUGAAUUUAUAUAUUUUGUUCUGAUACUGUUUUGUUCCAAAAUGCACUUUGAGUUACUUUCCUUGAAUAACUGGUAUACUUCCAGGAUCGCUUUUCUUCCAUCCAUCCAUCACCUUUUUUUCCUGGGGUUGGAGAAAGGCCCUUGACUGCCUCUAGUGAGGCGAAUUAGUUCUGUCUGAGGAUCCCAGCCCUGCUUGGCAUGCCAUCCCCAGCACGAGGCUAUGUUCAAGACUUUCUUAGUGCUUAGUCCCCUCAGUGCAAACAUUAGAACCCAUUACAUGUAGAAAACCACAGGAAGAAAGGUUCAGCUCUAUUUCUUCUAUUAGCAAGAGAUGUUUCUUCUUCUUUCAUGGGAAAAGAUUGCAGCCCUACAGCCAUCCACCCAAAACAUCACUUGGGAUUUUCCAGAAUCUCCCAACAUGAUCAUAGAAAUUGGCCAGGACAUGUUUGAAUCUUCCUUGACAUUUUCUCC